CUAUAAAUAGGAGGGAUGAAGCCAGCAGAGAGCAGAUUCUCUCUACAGAGACCUCUACAGCACAGAGAUCCAGACAUGGCACCUACAAUCACUGCAGCUAUGAUCAAAUCUCAGGAGCAUCUGACUCUGACCCACAAGCUCAGAAAGCCUCUGGUGGAGAAGUUACGCAGAGAGCGAAUCAACAGCAGCAUCGAGCAGCUCAAGUCUCUCCUGGGUCCAGAGUUCCUCAAACAGCAGCCAGACUCCAAGCUGGAGAAAGCAGACAUCCUGGAGAUGACAGUUUGUGUCCUGAGACAACUGCAGCAGCAGCGUCAACAGCAGAGAAGACUGCUGAACCACUUCAACAAGCUGCAGUCUUCCUCUGAUGAGAACCUGAGAGAGGCUGACUUCUCUCCUCUGAGCUCCACAGUCCAGACCAGCGUCACCAAAGACAAGAGUCCAGUCAACAGCGCCCCCUGGAGGCCGUGGUAGACACCUACAGACUGGAGUUACUACCUGACAAGCUCAGAUGACCAUAUUGGUCAAAGAUUACUGAACUGAAUUCUUUCAAGUUUGAUGGACUUGUUCUUCUGUAUGUACAGAAGGCUGUAUUUUGUGUUUGUCUUUGUGAAGAUGACAUUUCCUGAGGAAAUGACAGCAACAAUAUCUUUCAAGUUAAGAAAGAGAACAUCUUGUCAUGCAUGUUGCAUGAAUCAAAUCUGAUUGCAUCUGCAAUUAUUAUUAUACCUCACUGUACUUCAUGUAUUGGUAGUAUAUGCUAUGGUAACAUUUGUUAUCCUUUGAUUGUUAUUGAUCACACUGAUCAAAAAACUUUAACUGUCCUUUUUAUGGACAUUUUGUCAUAAUGGACUUUACCUCACUUUAAUCUCUCUGAUUACUCAAAACUGAUCUGUUGUAAGAUCCAAAUGUUUUCACUUUU